AUUGUUGUCAUGUGAGGCUGUCCCUAUAGCACCUCCAGAGCCUGCAGUGGACACCCACCUCUGUCACCCUCAAGUUUAGUGUCUUGUAGUACACUCAUUCUGUCACUAUGUUUUCCUCAGAUUCAAAAUCCGAUCUAGAAAAUGCCUAUGUCUCCUUAAUGAGAGGAAUAAAACAGUUAGAUCUCCGUGGUCCUAGUAUCCCAUGUGACCUGGUUUUAACCGGAGACCAUGCAUUCCCAUUGGCAAUGAACAAACAUGGACAGGUACUGUUAGCAGCUUCUAUGUACGGCUUGGGACGCAUUGUUGUUCUAGGGCAUGAGGCUUUCUUGGGUACACUAACAGAUUUCGUUGGAGGCGCUAUCAGUUGGCUCAAACAGGGGAAAUCGCAAAAUAUAUCUGUUGGUGUUCACGUGCAUUCCAAACAUGUUGCAGAAAAACUCCACUCUAAAUUCCAGUUUAAAGUAAUGAAUGAUUUUAGCAGCGAUCAAGGCAUUGGGGUCUAUGUAACUGAUGCUUACUGUGUUGAGAGCAAAGCAAAAGACAUAAUUGAGUUCAUGAAAUCUGGAGGAGGGGUGCUGAUCGCAGGACAGGCCUGGUCCUGGGCAGAGGGACACCCCAAAGACAACACACUGCUGCAGUUUAUGGGGAAUAAAGUGUCUGGAGUGGCUGGAGUCUACUUCUCCAGACACAAAGGAGACGCAGAGUGCAUCCCGGUCUAUCCCAAAAUCCCUGCCUCUUGGAUGUCUGUACUAAUAGGGAGGGAUUUUGAGGACGACCUGGACUUCUUGCUUCAAGGCAUCUCAGAGUUUGACCUGAUGAAUGGAGUGGUGGCAUCUGAGAUACUGAUCCAUGGACCGCUGGCCUUUCCCAUCGGGACCACCCCAGAUGGGCGAGCCUUUCUGGCCGGAGCCUACUACGGACAGGGUAGAGUGGUAGUGAUCUCACACGAAGGACUGCUGAAAAGAGAGACUCUGGCUCACUUCUUCACCAAUGCUCUGCACUGGUUGGACGAAGGCAGGCAGGGCGUUAUCGGAGUAGUGCCCGAACUGGACCAGGCCUGCAAAGUCUUCAAGAAUUUUGGCCUUAACUGUGAGAAGACCAAGCUCCGUAAGGACCUGAGUGUGUAUGUGUGCACAGCCUAUAAGGGAGACCAGAUAGAGGAGAUCCAGGAGUUUGUGGCAGAGGGAGGAGGCCUGCUGCUGGGAGGACACGCCUGGCAUUGGGCACAAUGUAACAAAGACAAGAAUUAUAUGACUGAGUUUGCAGGAAACAAGCUCUUGAACAAAAUGGGCAUGACUCUAUUGGAGAAGUACAUUACGGAUGGGACCUAUAAGCCUCCCAUUCCUAGCCAGGCCCUCAAAGACACGUAUCACUUCAGACAUGUCCUAUGUAAGUUUGCGGGUCAUGUGACUAAAGGAGAAGAGCUCAGUAAACACGAAGAAGAAUGGCUGACCAAACUGAGCCACGACUGCACCACCUACCUGCACCUGGACACAAGCAACAACUACAACCAGAUCCUCCACACUUUCACUGAGAUCAUAAAGAAAGCUGGAUUGCCACAGGCGUGUGAAAGCUGUCCUGUGAAGACUCCUAGAGACAAGUGCCUAUUGAAUGUUGGGACAGAGGUGUAUAAGGCCUGCCAAAACAAAGAUGAACUGCUGCCCUACCUCAUCAAAGACAACCCACUGUUGCCCGUCAUUUACAACCACAGGGUCAGCAUAAACGUAGACACAGCAGGUGGAGAGGAGUGGGUGAGCACUGGCUUGUAUCUGUCUCCUGGGAUGAAGACCUACAUUUCCAUACCUGCAAGCAUUGUUGACAAGAAGUGGAAUGUGCAGAUUGGAUGUCAAAUGGACAAUCUCAUGGGAGCCAAUGUGUUGAAGAGGGCUCCGCGUGUCUGUGAGAGAUUCCCAGUCUCUUCAGAAAUGAUGCUGGUGCACAACCUUUGGGGAGGGCUUAUUUACCUUGUUGCUCCUCCCAACACUCAGGUGCAAGGGGUGGAGGUUGUAGUUCAAAUGGCUGUACCUGUUCCAUAUUACAAAUCAGGAGUGACGUCUCUGUUGGACUGGCAGCUCCUCCGUACAGCCCCCUCUCCCUGGGCAGAGCUGGAGUUUGAGAACAUCAUACUGACUGUGCCCUCAGAGGUCAUCUGGUGUCUGGACCGUCCCGAUGAGUUAGCUGCCCUCUGGGACACCAUCACGAGGGCCAUUGCAGACCUGGCUGUAAUCCCACAUAAGUUUAAAAGAAAGGAGCGGGUAGUCUGUGAUGUGCAAAUCUCACAUGGCUGGAUGCAUGCAGGCUAUCCUAUCAUGGCUCACAGGGAACCAGCUCAAUCUAUUGUCAAUGUUGAACAUAUAAAAUCCAACCCUAUUUGGGGCUUCAUCCAUGAACUGGGCCACAACCAGCAGAGAGGAUGCUGGGAAUUCCCUCCUCACACGACCGAGUGCACAUGCAACCUGUGGUCUCUAUAUGUACAUGAGACGGUGCUAGGAUUUCCAAGAGAACAGUGUCACCCAGCAAUGUCAAUAGAGAAGCGCCGCAGUCGCACAGCGGAUUAUGUGAAAAAUGGUGGAAACCUGAAAGACUGGAACACAUUUGUGGCUUUGGAGACUUAUGUUCAGCUCAUAGAGAAGUUUGGCUGGGACUCCAUUAAAAAGGUAUUCGCUGCCUACCACACAAUGAACAAUGUGCCCAAAGACAACAAAGGCAAGAUGAACCUGUACUGUGUGACCUUCUCUGAAACUGUGGGGAUGGAUCUGACUGGAUUUUUCAAGGCCUGGGCUUGGCCAAUAGAGGGCGACACUGAGAAGAAACUCUCCAAAUUGCCAACCUGGUCUAACCACCCAAUGACCGAAUACAAAUGAUACCUGCUGAAAACGUGUAAAACUGGUGUUGGGUUUGACAUGAAGGAUUGAAAAUAAGAAAUGUUAGCGUGGUCUAUUUUGUUUUUCAGAAAUAAUUUAAAGGGGCACUGUGUGACAUUUUAGUGCAGAGUUUGCCACCUGAUCUCAUGCAUGAAGAUUCAGUUGUUUUACCAAGGAUGUUGCUCAGUAUAGCAAUAAAUUUAUCUACUAUUAUAAUUCCAUAGAGACAAGCGGAUGACACCACAAGGUCAAGUUACAGGUGAAAUCUAUGGAGCGGUGACUCUGCUUAUUGUAAGAUAAUUUUUAAGGUAUUAAAAAAUCACCCAUAAUCACCCACCAGAAAAAAGGCAUAGUUCACCUUUAACUAAAGCAUGUUGGAAAAAAUAAAGUUGCUCUACCAAUCAAAUUUCAUCGGGGAACUGAACUGUCACCUUUUGUUCUCAAAAUCCUUACAAUAAAAAGAACACAUCAUAUAACAUUGUGGCAUUCAAGUAAGUUGAAAAUUACAAUAUUUACAAUAUUUUAUAUCUAGUGUGGUACUUAAGAGUUAGGCCACAUCAUUUCAUUCCAAGUUGGGGAAGGCAUCAGAGGAAUUAUGGAGUCCAGUGUACUUAGGACAAUGCCUAGUUAGUCACGGGGCUUACAAUCACUCCUCCCCAUAGGCACAUUCAUUUGGGGCUAUAUACAUCAACGGGCAACUUAGAUCCACCAAUUUAUCUUAACACAUGUCAAUGUCACCUUUGUCUUUGGUUCUUGUAGGAGGUAACAACAGGAGAAUUAUAUCCUCUGCCACUGUGUUGAAAUGAACAGAGUGCUUUAAUGCUUACCACUUAUGUAUAACAGACUCAACAGUUUCUUGCCAAAGAUCACAACAACAGUCUGGGUUCUGUGAUUUUUUUAGGCCCAUCUGAGAAAUAAUUAUCCACCACCUAUAGUUUCAAAAACUAGCCUAUAAUUCAUGUAUUCAGAAUGAUGCAAUUGUAGGACUGUUGCCAUAGUGGUCAAUUAUACAAAAAUAUAUCUUUUGAAUGGUCAACCAUUCCAACCUUAAAAUGGCACAAUAUAGGAAGCUGAAAGCCAUAAAUAUUCGGAUUCCAGAUUGAAGGAGUACUGCAUUCAAUAUCCUAGAGCGACAAAUCAAUAUGAGUUUUUACAAUAUUUAUUAUUUAAAAGUAACACUCUUAGCAAGUGUCUUU